AUGCAAAUAUUGAUCGAUACUGGAGCCACCAAUACUUUCAUCAAUUAUAAAACAUUACAGUCUAUUAAUCAAUCCACAAAUCUAAAUAAACAUUCCUCUUCUUUUGUUCUUGCUGAUGGUAUAGCCCCAUUUCAUGUUCUAGGUGUAGUUGAAUUAGAAAUAUUAUUUUCUGAUCAGAUAACAACAAUAUCUGCUCAUGUAGCUCAAAAUCUAUGUACUGAUGUAAUCUUAGGUAUGGAUUAUAUAACUCUAUACAAUCUUAAGUUUAAUAUUCGUAAACAAAUAGUUUCUAUUGACUUGAAUAAUCGUCAGUACCAAAUGAAAAACAAUCAGAAUGUACAAACCAAAUUUAUUCCUGUUACUCUAUCCGAUUCGUUAUAUAUUCCUCGUCAAUCAAAUCGUUUUGCUAAAGUAUCUAUUCCUAUUUCAUCCAUCAGUUCACAUUUCAUUCCUUAUUAUCAAUUUUCUCUAUGUAAUACGUCAUUUAUUCCACAUAAGUUUCUUGAAUUUCGUAAUCAUUUUUCCCGUGUUACAUUUUCUAAUACUUCACCUCGACCACAUUUCGUUCCUCGAGGAACUCGUAUUGGAUAUCUAUGUCAUUAUGCUAUUACUCAACCUAGUACAACACGUUUUGAUCAUUGUCAGAAGUCAUGUGGUGUCACCAAUGAACUUGGUGAAUCACCAGAUUUUCAUGCUUCAGAUAAUAAUACGUCCAAUAAGUUUCUUGGUGCUCUCAGCUGGUAUCGUAAGUUCUUACCUAAUUUUUCCACUAUCGCUGCCCCCAUACAUGCUGUAACAAAUCUCACUAAAAAUAAUCGUCAUAAAUUUCAUUGGAGAUUUGCACAAAAACAAGCAUUUAAACAACUUAAAGAAAUUUUAAUAUCUACACCACUCUUUUUACAUUUUCCUAUAGCUGAUAAACCUUUAAUCUUAACAACAGAUGCUAGUGGCAUUGGUAUAGGAGGCGUAUUACAACAAGAAGUAGAUGGACAUUUACAUAAUUUGUACUAUCAUUCUCAGGUAUUGACACCUUGCCGACAAAUUACGAUAAUGACGGAUCAUUGUCCCUUAUGUCAUAUAAUGACAAAAACAAUUAAUAAUGCAAGAGUAGAUCGCAUUUCAACUUUAAUUCAAGAAUACAAUAUUGAUAAAGUAGUUCACAUUCAUGGACGUCAAAAUUGUUUACCUGAUUAUUUGUCUCGAUAUCCCCGUGAACAAAAUGAUGAACUAUUUGAUAUUGAAUAUGGACUUGACAGUAAAACAGAUUCUGCACCAAUAAUAUCUUCAACAAAUAAUAUAGUAGCUAGCAUGAUCUUACGCCCACGCAACAAUAGAGGAAAAUGUAGCAAAUCUUCUUCAUAUAAUGACGAUAGAAAUAUACAUAAUAACAAUCUACCAUGUCAUUCUAACACACCUGAUCAAUUAAUGAAAACUCACAUAACUUCCACCUUUUCCACUAAUAAUUUUGACAUUACGAAGUUGAAAGAUGAACAACAGAAAGAUCCACUUAUACAAAAAUAUAUUACACAAGUACGCUCAAAUCCACAGAACAUAUCAUUUAAAAUAAAGAAUGAUAUUCUUUAUAAAGUAAUUAUCCCUUUUCGUUUAUCAAAAACAAAAAUUGAAGUAAUUUAUCUUCCCAACCCCAUGAUAUCCUCACUUCUUCAUGCAUCUCAUAACGAUCCUAUGUCUGGGGGACAUUUUUCUGUUGAUCGUACGUAUAGCAAACUAAGAAAACAUUACUGGUGGCCUAAUAUGAAAUAUUCUAUAAAACAACAUAUAAAGUCUUGUAUUUUAUGUCAACAAUAUAACAUUGAGCGCCAGAAAAAACCUGGACGACUUCGUUCAAUCUCACCUCCUGAGGGUCCCUUUCAGGUCAUCGGUAUGGAUUUUUGUGGUCCCCUUAAAAGAACACCACGUGAAAAUCGUUAUGUAUUAAUUAUAACUGACUAUUUCACUCGACAUGUUGUAGCUAUCCCUUUACCUAAUUCUUCUGCUGAAAAAACUGCUGAAGCCUUAUUCAAUGAAUAUUUUUGUAAAUUUGGUGUACCUUCCUUAAUUAUAACCGAUCAAGGAUCUCAUUUUCGUAAUCAAUUACUGUCUAAUAUGCGCUUGUUGAUUGGAUAUAAUCACAUUUAUAGUACUCCGUAUCAUCCACAGACAAAUGGAAUAGUAGAAAGAUUUAACAGUACAUUCAUUCCACAAAUCUCUAAAUUGCAAGAUUCCGAAAAUAAUAACUGGGAUGAAUAUUUACAAGCAGUGGUUUUUGCUUAUAACUCUGGAACUCACAAAACAACUAAAUAUUCGCCUUAUGAAUUACUUUACGGCCGCUCUCCUCGCCUUCCCUUUCAUCCGAAACCAUUUCAUUUCUCCUUUCAACAACCCAAUGACUAUUUCGAACAACUAAAAAAGACACUGAAACUUUAUCAUCAGGCAACUAGAUUUAAUAUCAUACAACAACAGGCUCGAAAUAAGGUAUAUUAUGAUCGAAAUCGUACAGAUCCCAUUUACAACAUUGGUGAUAGAGUUCUUACACGAGUUCAUGGUAUAAAAGGAAAACUCGAUCCUAUAUUUUCUCCAACACCAAAAGUCAUCAUCCACACAUCUCAUCCUAUUUACAUUGUUCGUGAUGAACAAAAAAAUAUAGAAUCACGGGUCCAUGUCUGUGAUUUGCGACAUAUAAUUGUCGAUUAA